CCAUCCUCUCGUAUGCCRCCUCUGCAUCAGCAGCAGUUGCAGUCCCAUCAGCACCACCCUUCACGUCCAAGAGGACCUCCUUCCUUCCAGGAGCGUGGUCGUCCCAUUCCACAGCAGCCCCUUCAACCCCUCAUCUCUCCUCACAUGGCUCAUCGCUCCCCACCACUGCGACCCCAGAUGGAACAACCAUCACGAAUGAUGAACUCCCCGCCACCCAGCUUCCCUCAGCAUCACCAACAGCAGCCCCCACAGCCCAAAAACAUCCAUAUUAACCCCCACUUUAGAGGACCCUCACAGUCUCCUGUACAAGUGCCCUUGAUGCCUCCUGCUCAGAGCCAGUCCAGACCUGCUGUGGGUCCUCAGAGGUUUCCUGUAAUGGGAGACUUCCAGCAUUUUGGUCAGCCUCAGCGGCCCCCUCAUCACAUGGAGCCYUUGAGGAACCAGCCACCUCAAGGCCCCCAGGACAGAGAGCCCCUGUUUAUGGGAGAGUGUGCAGAUUCAAYACGAUUUCCAGCGCAGCACAUGUUUGAUCACCAGGGCCCGGGCCCUUUGAUGAACAGCAACAACAAUCUCCACCAGCAGCAGCACCUGCCCGGCCAGGGCCACAUGGGCUUCGGUCCACCAGGACCGCCCUUUAACCAGCCUGGCCAAGGCCCACUAGGACUGUUUCAGAGAGAACCCCCAAGACCAAACCUCCCUCCCCACCAAGGUCACCAGGGGAUGAUGAACUUGAAUCAGCAAAGUGGCCCCCCCAACCAACCCAGGCCUUUUAUGAGCCCUCGUCAACCCUUUGGCCAGCAGGGGAACCCUUUCCCCCCUCCACAAGUCCAGUUUGGGAUGCAGGUACGACUCAGAGGUUUAAUGCACGGACCCCCUGUCUCUCAGCUGCCACAUCACGACCCAAUCUUGCCCCAUCCCAUGCACCACCAGCAGCAGCAGCAGCAGCAGCACCACCACAGGCAAGAGUUCCCACAUCAACAACAGAUAAACCUCAGUGAACCUCGCCCCAUGACACACCAUGGUCAGAAUCCUUUCCACCAACAACACGGUAGCCCGAGGCAGAUGACUCCCCGCCCUCAGAACCYUCAACAGCGCAACAUGGCAAACCGGCAGAGGAUGAACRCACCUAUUUCUAAACAAAUGCAGCAGCGCAGCAGCAACCUGCGGGAGCUCCCCGUAGCACCUGGUAACACAAACAUGAACAGGCCCCGCCCUGCCCCAACCCCCGCCUCCCCCGCUGCCAACAUCAAGCCUGUUGCCAGGGCAACUCCGAGGACGCGUAUGGGGCAGAACACACAGCCGAUGUCUGGCGGCGGCAGAGGAAGAGGCCAAGUUGCAAAGCCCGAAUCACAGCCUGGGGGGCCAGGCUGGAUAAUGGUUAAUAAGGAAACCCUGAGCACACCGUCCAGCACUACACCACAGAACCCCGAUGAAGAYGAGGAGACGCGGCAGUAUCGUCUGAAGAUUGAGGAGCAGAAGCGUCUGAGAGAGGAGAUUCUGAAGAGGAAAGAAAUGCGACGGCAAAUGCAGGCUGGCGUUAGAAAGAAGGAGCUGCUGGAUAGACUUAAUUCUCAAACAAAUGCACCAAACCAAGGCCCUACUCCUACGCAGACUCAGCCCGUAGCACCAAAUCAGCAGCCGCGGCCAUUACAGCAGCAGCCACUAUUACAGCAGCCAGAACCGAACCGACCUCCACUACUGGCACAGCAACCCCAACUGGUUCCUCAAACGAUGCAGCAUUCUCUAAACCACACAAUAAAUCCUAAUCAAGACAACACCCUGCCUCUUAGUGGUGCCGCUCAGACCCCAAYGCCACGUCUGAACGUCAAGGCGCGCCUCCACAUGGUAAAGCCGGAGCAGCAGAUCCCCGAUGCUGGCACCAGACAGCAGUGGAAUCAGCCCCAGCAGAAUCGGCAGCUGCAGCAACAAACACACAGUUCUGUGCAGAACGUAAACAGACCCAACACUUCGAUUCAGUCUCUUCAAGUUCCUCAGACGAACAUGCCAGCGGGACAAGACCCCGCUCUGAUUCAGGGACCCAAACCUGGGGCUAAAAGGACUGUGAUGCAAAGAGUCAGGAGUUCCAGUCUGGAAAGCCAGCAGGUGCCACAAAAAGUCAGAGUUGUCAAACUUUCAGGACAGAGUGGAAAGGGGCCUGAGGCAAGCGUCGACCCAACACAGCAGCAGAGUUCCUGGCAGGCACCUCCGCACAACCAGAUCGUCCAAAGGAAGGUGACCAUGAUGGGACAGCAGCAACAGGGUCCAGGCGAAACACCGCAGGCUUGCCGCGGGGGCAGGGGCAGCGCACAGCAAAGCAGGGUUGUCGUGUCUGGUCGAGGAGUUGGUCAGAUGGGUCGAGGUCAUCCAGUGCCCACCAGACAGAACCAGAGAGAUGCAGAGGUCUCUGGUGCUACUGUGUCCAUAGAGGGCCUCUCCACAUCUACGACAGAGUUGCAGCUGAAGAACCUCCUCAGGUCCAUUGGUCCCAUAGAGAUGUUUAAAAUGAUCCCCCAGCAGAGAAAAGCUAUCGCCAAGUUUUCCAAUCCCCAACAUGCUGCAAGUUUCCAAAUGAGCUUCAACAGGCACAUGAUCGAUUUGUCCCACAUUGACGUGUCACUGAUCGAUGAGUGAGGAGCACAACAAAGCCACUCCUCACCUGGGACAACUCGUAUAGAGCAUCACCAGGGGGGUAGGAAAAUCUCUUCAGCUCCUUGGGGUCAUUCAUCGUCUCUGCACGAAGUUCGACAUUCAUCCCCUUCCUGUUUGGACAAAUAAACACAAAGACAUAAUUAGCUGCAAGCAUGCAUGCAUUUCACUUUGCCUGCUAAGUGACUGUGGGUUUAAAGUGACUUUGAAAAGACACUGAAUGGUAAACCUUUUUUUUAUGUUUGUAAAAAAAUUCUUCCCCACCCCCAUCUUAAACAAAUCCUUUAAGUAGAGCUUAUCAUGGGAUAAUGGUUGCUGACCUCUUCAGAGUUAUUUUUAAUGAAUAUAAAGGAAACUUACUCAGAUUUGGCCACUUGACAGUAAUUUUAAGUUUAUUCGAGAUUUAGUAUUUUGAUGCAGGGAUUUGUGGAAGAAUAUGGUCCUUGAGCCCAAAUGUUGGCUUUUGUUGCCCAUUUUCCUCCUUUCCUGUAGAUGGUAGUGUUUUAUCAUUACUGGUGCUUUGUUCUUUUCCGUUUUCACCAGUCGUUGUUUUGAUUAGUGGCACCACCUAGUGGACAUGUUGUGUACACAGUUUUGCGGUGAGGAUUCAACAUUUAAUCCAGCAGUGACUGAAGCUAGACUGGCAAAGACUUCACUUCCAUUUUUCUAAAUUUUCAGUAGUUUUGUCUGUUUGUAAAGAUUGUCUUUGUUUCUGGUGCUACUCGGUGUUAAAACUGUUCUCUGGAUUGAAAGUUAAAAUCAUUUCUUUGGUCUCUUCUGUUCGCUGAGUAUUACUAGGUUGUUUUAUUUAACUGUUGCAUGGAUUGUGUUUGGAAUAAAUUUAUCUAUUCUAGUUUAAUGUUUGAUUAAGGAGUAGUUAGAUUUAGGUUUCUGUUCUUACGUGGGUUUAUGUUUGAUAAAGAGCAGCCUUCCUCAUUGUUGCAAAGUGUUGCGUUUGUAGUUUUGGAGAGACUCGUCAGUUUUAAUUGAGCUAAUCUGCAUAUUAUGUUAGGUCCUGCUCACGUUACUUUUUUUGGAGGGGGAGUAAAGGGUUUGGAUUAAUUGAUCCAAAAUAAGUUGAUGAGAAGGAAAUGAAGCUAGAAGUCUUUGUCUUAUAUUUAAACCUCCUCUUCUACUCUUCUACAGCRCUUAAUGCAUCACUUUGUAUUUCCAAGCAUUUUUAGCCCUGUUUAAAUAAUCCCACUACACUACCAAACCAAAAACUUUAAAUCCAGACACCUUUUUUCUAUUUUAUGUUUUUUUUUUUUGGCUUUCUUAACAUUUCCUUAUUAAGACAUCCUCGUUCUUCAUCGUUUUGCAUGUCACUUUGCCAGUUUCCCUCCCUCACUUCAUUUGGCAGAUUUGGUUCAAUGKUGGCUUAGAAAUGUGUUGAACUAAAAUAUUCCUAAACCCCGUUAAUCCAUGUUACGAAUUACUGAAUUUAAAAAGGAAUUUUUCCUGUACGUUUUUUCAAAACCAAAACAAAACGAGGGAGCAACCAUUAUCCAUGUAGCGAUCAUGCACAUACCAGAAAAAAAACUAUCCUGUUCUUUUUUUUUAUUUUUUAUUUUUUUAUUUUUUUGUCCUGUUAGUCAUGUUGUAUCAAGGUAAACAUUUUUAUAUGUAAAGACUGUGCUGAUGUCUCAAGUCAGAAAUCAUUUUACAAGUGGUUUGGACAUUUUUGUUUGUUUUUUUUAGAGAUAAAACAAAGAGUUGACUGGACCACAUUUCUGUUCAUAAGACAAAAAAAAACAUUUAGGGAAAACAGAGAAAAAAAUAAAAACAGUGGCCAAUAUACCGUAAACAUGCUGGUAUGUGAAGCCGGUUAAACUUUAGUCUGAAGAUGUGUGGUUCUGUGACGUCCAUGUGUCUGCUGCCUUUCUGCUGUACGGUCUUAUCUCUGUCACAUUUUAAUCAUUUGUAUUUCACAGAAUCUGUGGAUAUUCACCUCCCAACUAUAAAUAUAUAUAUAUACUUCUGAAAAUAUUAACGGCAUCAGGAUUAAACUGUUUUUAUAGGUUCAACACGUCUAGAAAUGAAACUGCAUGAACCUCACUGCUGAAAAGGGAACAUUACUGAAUUGAUCUCUUUAGAGUCGGAAUGAGUUGACUUUUUGAGGUGCAGUACUAAUAACGAUGACAUCCUGAUGAGCAGCAACUUGAAUUAAGAGGUUGUUGCUUUUAGGACUUCACUUGGAUAUAUUUUGCUCCUGAGCAAAAAAAAAAAAAAA